AUGCGGCGAAGGCAUCAUGCAGUUGUUGUUCCAUUCCCUGUUCAGGGGCACAUUAAUCCAAUGAUGCACCUUGCCAAAGUGUUGAGAUCCCAAGGAUUCAUCGUUACAUUCAUCCAUACGGACCACGUUCAUUCUCGCAUGCUUAAACUCAAUUCAUGCAGCAUUGGUGAAGAAGGGAUUCAAUUCAGACAUAUCCCUGAUGGUCUGCCAGAAUCUGAUUGCAGGACAGAUUUUGCAAAAUUGGCUAGUGCAACAGAGAAUACUAUGCCCAUUUUGCUUCGCAAUCUUAUUCAUGAGAUCAAUGAGCGCAGGGAUUGUCCCCCUGUCACCUUCUUAGUUGCAGAUUUUUUUGCAGGUUGGGCUUUGGAUGUUGCCCACCAUUUUAACAUUCCAGCUGCUGCUUUCUGGCCCGGACUUAUUGCUACUUAUGCCAUUAUUCACCACAUUCCGAGUCUCAUCUCCAAGGGAGUCAUACCAUCCAACGUUGUAGAAAUUCAGCUCACUGUAAUUGGUUUAACUCUGCUUGAACAUGAACAAGGCCAAUUAAGUUAUGUUGUGAAUUGUAUUCCAAAGGAUCGUGUAAUGGUCAAGUAUCUGCCCUCCAUGCCACCUCUCUACACUGCAAAUCUUCCAUGGCUAAUUGGAAAUAAUGCGGACAAGGAGUUUCGCUUUCAGUUUUGGGUUCGGAACAUGAACAGACUAAGGAAGCUCAAGUGGGUUCUCUGCAACUCAUUCCAUGAUCUAGAGCUCCCAAUACUUAACAUGUUCCCAGAAGAAGUGGGCAUGUGUCCAAUAGGCCCUUUCAUCUCCGAUCUCUCAAGAGAGAAAACUACAAACAAUCAGAGUCUGUGGAGGGAAGAAUUAGAGUGCCUAGAUUGGCUUGACAUGCAAUCUUCCAAGUCUGUGAUUUAUGUCUCAUUUGGGAGCAUUGCAAUUUUGAAUGAAAGGCAAUUGGAGGAGCUUGCACUUGGUCUUGAGACCACAAAGCAGCCAUUUUUGUGGGUGGUGAGGUCUGAUCUAAUGGAGAGAAAGCAAGCAGUCUUUCCUUCAGGAUUCCUGAAACGAGUUAAUACCAAUAAGCAGGGUUGCAUUGUAUCAUGGGCUCCACAGACGUCUGUAUUGUCUCAUCCUUCUAUAGCUUGCUUUAUCACACACUGCGGAUGGAAUUCCACCAUGGAAAGCAUUACAGCAGGCGUGCCCAUGCUCUGCUGGCCUUAUUAUGCAGAUCAGUUCCUUAACUGUGCUUAUAUAGUCCAUGUCUGGAAAAUUGGCUUGGCUUUGAAUCCAAACGAUAGAGGACUUAUAGAGGCAGAGGAAAUUAAGACUUCUGUGUGGAGAGUAACUAUGGGAGAAGAAUGUGCAGAAAUGAAAGAGAAUGUGGCCAAACUGAAGGGCAGUGCCAUGGGUGCUGUGAAGGCAGGAGGAUCUUCUUACAACACCUUCAAUAAAUUUCUUCAAGACAUGGAUAUGAAUACCGCUUCUGAUGGCUUAGGAUCUCCAUGUUCAUGA